AUGAAUGAAAGAAAUUUUGGAAAUUAUUCCAUAAAUCACUUUUAUAAAGAAGCCGUAUCAGAGAACAUCAAAAGUUCAAAAUUUAAAAUAGGAGUUUUCAGGAAUGUCGAUAAUGCUCCAAAUGGCAGCGAUAAACUAUUAGAAGAUUUGAUAGAUCAUUUUAUUGCAAAGGCCGACAAAGCGGCGGGUGAAAAAUCUGAGAAAUGUUCAAUAAUUAUAAGAAGUUCCGUUCUUGAAAAACCCAUUCAAAUACCAUAUAGAGGACUGGCACAAAAUACCCCUCAAGUUGUUAUGGAACAAUUUGAUGCCGUCGACCAGAGUGGGAAACGUAUGGGGAGACCUUCCCUAUAUAGCCAGCCCAUACAUAUUGAGGUGAAUAUUAUUCCUUUAUAAAUAUAUUUUUUGAUUUAGAUUGUUAUGGGGCCUUCUCAUGAUGAGGCACUUGAAUUAAUAAAACAAGGCGAGGGAGGAACGGGAAGGAGAUCGAGAGAAAUUCAGCAAGGAGUUGAUCUAAACAAUCUGAUACCUGUAAACUUUUUUAUAUUAACUAAAAGUUGAAUAUUUAGGUCCAUAACGAAAACCUUAACCCUCCAGCGAAUAUUCAUUGUCUGCUUCUUGCUGUUCAGCUUAAAAUAAAGCAUGUCAAUCUAGAAAAGACUACAGUUGAGAAUAAAAAAUUUCAAAGGCUCGUUAACGGUCAAAAUAAGGCAGCAAAAAGCGGGCGAACACUAUUAAUUAAAGAAAUGCUACAGCAAAUGCCAAGAUAUGGAAUUCGCUAUCCUACUUACGCUGCUCAUUACACUGUUGAAGAACAUGUUCCCUUGAUACAACGUUUUCUGGAUUUAAGUUUUCCUGGAAAGUACAGAAUUUCGGUAUUCGGCGAACAAGGAAGAAUCCGGCCAAUAUGGAAGGGAUCUGAAAGGGCUGAACACGAGAUUGCUCUAUAUUUAAAAGGAGAACAUUAUUAUGGGAUUAGAAACCUGAAUGCGCUCUUUGGUUCAUAUUAUUGUAUUGAUUGUGAGGCGCCAUAC